UAACUUGAUCCUUCAGAAUCUACGGGCAAUUGAUGUAGGCACGAUUUUUUUCGCUGUACGUUGUCGCAAAUGAAGUGUAUUAAAACAACUGGCCGAAAUGUCGAAGGAAACGAUGAUAAUCUUUGUUUACGACCUUACUAAGAAGGUGGAGAAUGACGACCCGACGGGCUCCAUUAUUUACUUCCACCCGAUGUGGGUAUCGGAACUGCAGAAAAAGUCGCUCUGUGGCCAGCUGAUGGGAUCAACAUAUUUUCUUGGUGAAACCUUAUCGACAGUUCGAUUUCUUUCGCUACAGAAUGGCAAAUUUGCGUUACGGUCGCAUGGACGUUUUAUGCUGGCAGUGGGAUCAGAUCGUAACAUAGCGGAGUCGAUUUUAGAAUACAGGGCCAGUCUGCUGUCUUCCCUGAUAGAGCUUUAUCAUGGUGAUUUUAAUACCCUCUACAAUGUUUACGUGGAAAAGGAGCAGAAGAACGGAUUCAACGAGAAAGUGUUUUGUUUGAUGGAGUCCACUUUACCAUUGCUGCAAUUCAAUGGUAAUAUUUUGCAGAAUAUGCCACUCCUCCGGCUACCAAAGUGUGCGAGUAAUGUGUAUCUGGAGUCCAACCAAAUACUUCAAAGUUUCCUGCAAAACAAGGGAGUGCUGGGAGGGUCUAUAUUUUACCACAACAAAGUAUUGGCUUCACAGUUGCCGACGAAUUUGACGAAAAUGUUCGUGUAUUCCGACCCUUAUCGGAUGAAACUCGCUGAAAUGAUAGCAGUAACGUUCCACGUGCCAAACGGCGUUAGCCUCAUCAGUGCGUACAUAACUAAGCGUGACUACACGCAACUCAUCGAUGCUACCAAAAACAUUCCGAUUUAUUUCAAUAAUUGUGCCACUGCGGCUCCACCCACCGGAUCGGUACCGUUUGCCAUCAAGAAGAAACUAAUUCCAUCGAAAGAGCUCGGCGGCACCGUAUCUGGCUUUCCGAUGCUUAAGUCGGACAAAUCGAUCAUCUUUUCAAACAUUCCCGAGGAAGAGACGGUCGGUGCGGAUGGUGGACUCUGUGAGCAAACACAAAGCAAAAAAUCGUUCAGCACCGUAUCUCGACCAACAUUUCUCCCGCUGAAGUUUAAAAAUCUAACGUCUAGAGACAUAAUCGAUUCUGGAGUGAAUUCCAUUAAUUUCGACGAAUCGGAUAGCUUUCCGAACUUUAUAGGUAAAACCAGUGUAUGUUCAACACCACUGACUGAGAACAAGAUUGUGCCAAACAGGAACAUGAUGUCGAUAUGCGUUACCCAGGAUCAGCCUUCUGCGCCUCCAGCGGAGGAAAAUGACAAUAUCGGCGUUGAAGAAGAAAAGCCGCCAAUAGCCGUGGAAGCAAAUGGUCGCAGCAGUUUAAAAUAUUUCAACGCGCGAAAGUACAGUAUCCUUAACAAUCCCUUCAUGAUGCCGAAACACAUUCGUUGUUCGUCAAUGUCGAACUUGACUGAACAACAAAGUAACGAAACGGAAGAAAACUCUCCAGCAGAAGAUACUGGUGGCGUUGAUAGGCACAUUAAAAAUAAGCGUCAAUUUAAAUUUUCCAACAACUAUGACCCGGCAAAAACUAUCAGCGAUCCGCUUUACCCUCUUGUCGACCAGCGAAAAAGAGCAAUGUCCUAUAGUUUGUUCCAAGAUUUCGAGCGAUCUCGCAACGAGCGCAUCGCCGAGCUAGUCGAACAGGAAGCGAAGCAAGAACCGAAAGGCAACGAUAAGUGCAAUCAAGUCACACAGCAGCAGCCGUCUGCGAUAGACGAUCGUAUACCGACUGUUGGUGCGAUUUCUACUACAGCUCGAAAAGUUGAGCUACCGCUAUCGGAAAAUCCCGAACUAGUCAAGGGUGCUGCAACACCGAAAGAUCGGCGUGCACUCAGCUUGCCAAUCAAAUCAUUUAAUCUCAAUGAUGAUGCCCCAUCCACCGCACGAGCAGGUGGCAAUGGUGGCACUAGCAGUGGCCAGGAACUGUUUACGCGCCGCAAAAGUACACUGGAAUUGACGCCGCUGAUGACUAAGCUAACCGUAUUGGCUCUGAAUGACACCGAAUCGAGCGGUGUUUCCAGCUGGGACACAACGCCGGGAUGCAGUUACAAUAUGGCCAUCUCGCCGCAGGAUUAUAUUCCGCAACGUAGGAAAUCGCAGGACAUAUCACAGUCUGUAGCACCGCCACUCGGUGUGCUAGCAGGAGACGAAAAUGCUCUAGUCAAGGUAGAUUUGUUCGUUUGCGUGCAACAGAACAUGACGUUGAUACUAGUCAUGCAGGAGAAAAAUUGUAAAAAUCAACGCCUUGUGCAAACUCUGUUUGAAUCGUGCGUAUCAAAGUUUCUGAGGAUUGAAAACGAUAUUCAGCUUGCAAUGAAUAUCAACGUGGACGGGUUCGACAAGACCGAUGGCUACAGUUUGAUUGCACUAGAUUCGGAUUGGGAUGUGGCGAAAAAGAAUGGACCUUGGAAUGCUUUAGAGAUGCAGACUGCAGAAUCUUUGCAUACACACUUUAAGAAGAGCAACAUUGUAACCGAAGUCACCCUAAAAUCGCAGGAAACGGUUCUGUAUGGGUAUCAGUGUGGCAUGCGCGAACUUUUCUAUACCCAAGCUGCAAACGCCCAAGGGGGUCUACCUCCACCCCAAGAUGUAAUGGGGUCAGUGCCGCUCUGUGCCAAGCGCCGCAUCGAACGUGACCAUUUUGCUUUGCUGCUGUAAAUGGACCGCUGCGUGCACAGUCAAUAUGUUCCGAUCUUCGCCAUUAGCGUACUGAGAAUAGUAUCCCUUGCGCAAUCACAUCACGAUCAUGUUUCGUCGAUCGAAACGUGUGGUCUUCUCCGUACGGGGCCAAAUUUUAAUAAUCGUCUAAAAUACUACCCUCAUGAAUCGUCGCAUUCCAAGACAACCUAUUCCAUAGCAUUCCAUUUUUUCUGUGUUGUUCGUUUGAAAGCGUAAAUAAAUGUUCUGAAGUAGGAA